CUACCAACGCAGAUUACUUUAUUCUAAUCCUUAGAACAUCACCCACUUCAUAUCCAUUCAAUCUUUUAAUCCAAAUUUCAACUUACUUUGCUGUCUAACUUCAAUAAUGGUGUCCCAAGACAAGAACAAAAGAUGGUCGUUGUUAGGUAGGCUGAGGACGGCGGUGAAGAAGGUUACAUUCCUCUUAAAUCUCGAUAUAAACCGGUGGCAUAUUGUCUCCUCCUUGAUCGGUGGUCGUCGUACUUUGAGCAGCCGGCGGCUGAGUUUCAAUGAACGACUUGGGUUAACAUCGAUCGUCUCCUCCCCCGCACAUGAUGAAUAUUAUAGCACCUGGGCUUCUCCUUACACAGCGACUUCUUCUUCUCAGAUAUCACCAGAGCAAGGUGAGUUACAGCUACAAAAGACUCAAAGCUUUCCUUUGCAAAGAACCACAAGUUUCCCAGAAGAAGAUGAUAUUGAUAGGAGAGCUGAGAUGUUUAUAACGAAUUUUAAACGACAAUUACGGAUGGAAAGACAAGUGUCUUUGGAGCUGAGGUACAGAAGAGACAAUAGCUUUGAAUCAUCGAAUACUAUUUCACCAUGAUCAUGAAUUCAUGAUGGGUGCUUUUUUUUUUCUUUUGGAAAGUAAAUAAUGAGUUUUUGGAGAACUUAUAAAUAAUCGGUAAUGGGUUAACAGUCGUUCUUGAGCAAUUAUUUUGGCCAUGGGAAUGACUGAGGUCGAUCAGAUUGAUGAAUCAGGUUUUGAAGAAAGAGUCAACGAUUUGAUCAAGUAUUGUGGUCUUCAAUUUGGUUAUGAGAUCUUCAAUUGUUUGUUUGAUUGCUUUUUUUUUUUUUUUUUUUUGAUUCUUUUAUUAAGUCGUGAAAGAGAGCUGUUGGAAAAUAAAAAAGUUAUGAAAGGAGGAAAAAGAAUCGGGCUGCUUUGGUACAUAGCCAGAGCAAAAUUCUUUGAAUUACAUGUAUUUAUUUUGUAUUAUAGUUAGUCAAUGGACCAUUUUGUUUGUUGUC